AUGGUGGGCCACCUGCCCCUGCAGGCCAUGGAGGGCGGCCUCCAGGAGCAGAGCCGGGAAGGCACGCUGGACAGCCCCGACUCCGGGCUGCCGCCCAGCCCCAGCCCCAGCCCGCCCUUCUACGCCCUGGCGCCGGCCCCCGCGGAGCCCCCCGGAGCCGCCCAGGCCCCAGCGCCCCCUCCCCUCCCGCAGGCAGCCCCCGCACCGGAGAGGAGGCCCCGGAUGCUGCCCGUGUUCUUUGGGGAGACCAUCAAGGUGAACCCGGAGCCCUCACAGGAAGUCCGCUGCAACUCGGAGGUCAAGUACGCCUCGGAGAAGCACUUCCAGGACAAGGUUGUCUACGCGCCCGUGCCCACGGUCACGGCCUACAGCGAGACGAUCGUGGCGGCGCCCGACUGCUCGUGGCGCAGCUACCGCAGCCAGCUGACCCUGGAGCCGCGCCCUCGCGCCCUGCGCUUCCUCAGCACCACCAUCAUCUUCCCCAAGUGCACCAGGAGCACCUUCCGGACCACCCUGCACUGCAGCCUGGGCCGGCCCAGCCGCUGGUUCACCUCCAGCGUGCGGCUGCAGCUGUGCGGGCACCCCGCGCCCGGCCCCGCGGUGCUCUGACGGCCGGGAGCCCUGGGAGGGGCCGGCCCCGGGGCAGGAAGCGGGAGGAGGCCAGCUGGCUCCCGACCAGCGGAGAGCGAGGCUGCUCCUGGCCGCCUGCCCCGCCCCCAGCUGGGCUGCCGGUGCCCCGUCCCAGGGCGGAGGAGCCGAUCAAUGCGUCCAUUCUGUUAGGCCCCGAGCGGGCCAGGCAGUCUGGGCACGCCCGGUGGCAAGCCAGGCCUGGAUGGGCCUGUAAGCCGGCUGCCCCCCAGACCCCUGCUCCGGGGAGGGCCGUCUCCAAGUCGUGCGUGUCCAGCUGGCUGGGGCUGCCCGGAAAGUGUCCAGACACGGUGUCCCAGGGUCCUGGGGCCCCACCUGAACGGAAGCCUCUGGCCACGCCACGGGGUGUCCCCAGCCAACACCGUCACACGACACCUUCAGGACCAGGACUCAGCCCUACGAGCCCUUGUGCCAGGUGCCCGGGGGGACACUGGGAAAUGUCACUGCCACUUGCUGGAGGCUCUGCGAUUGGCUUAGACACAGCGUGGGGGCCGGCCGCCUGUCCUCGGGCCUGGUUGCCUCUGUAGGAGACGUGCCGGGCCCUAGCACAGACGGCUCUCCCUGGCACGUGUGACACUGUGGGAGGAAGGCCAGUGAGGAGAGACCUGGCUGGCAGCUUCCCGGGCUGCUCGCUGAAGGAGCCCCCGAGCCACGCACAUCCCCACCCCCGGGGCCGCCCACCCUCUGCCUGCCUCCCUGGCUCAGAUCUGGAUGCACCCAGCGCCCCCUGCUGGCCCCCAGGAGCCCUGGGGGGGCCGCUCCAGGCUCACCCAAAGAGGCAGAAGAACUGGAUAUUUUGUAUCUACUCGGAGAGCUUUUCUGAUAGACUGCUAACUUAAGAUUGCCCGAAUUUUAAAUAAAACGCGCAGGGACUGGUGCUGUGGCAUAGCGGGUUAAGCUCAUCCCAUGGGGGCGCCAGUUUGAGUCCCGGCUGUUCCACUUUGAUCCAGCUCCCUGCUAUGGCCUGGGAAAAAAGUAGAAGAUGGCCCAAGUGCUUGGGCCCCUGCACCCGUGUGGGAGACCUGGAAGAAGCCCCAGGUUCCUGGCUUUGGCCUGGCGUAUCUCCGGCAGUUGGAGUCAUUUGGGGAGUAAACCAGCAGAUGGAAGACCUCUCUGUGUCUGUAACUCUACCUUUCAGAUAAAUAAAUAAAUCUAAAAGUAAUAAAAAAUAACGAGACGUGC